CUGACCAAACCAACUUUAUCAUCCCCUGAAACCUCUUCCUUGUUUAAUAUUGUUACUCACAGGAUAGCAGAAACUAGAGAUUUGUGCUCUAGAUUCUAAUAAAAGCGUGGCUUUUUGUUUCAGGAGGUCCCUUUUGGCUUGUUACAAAGGCCAGCCAUGGAGAAGUGGAGCUUAAUGACAAUUACUGUGUUACUGGCACUUACUGUGCGCUGGGCUGUGUCACUGGGCUCCUACUCAGGUGCAGGAAAACCACCUAUGUAUGGAGACUAUGAAGCUCAGAGGCACUGGCAAGAAAUAACUUACAAUUUACCCAUCAGGCAGUGGUACUUCAACACAAGUGAUAACAACCUCCUGUACUGGGGCCUUGAUUAUCCACCUCUCACAGCCUAUCACAGUUUUGUGUGUGCUUACAUUGCCAAGUUAAUAAAUCCUGACUGGGUUGCCCUGCACAGCUCCCGGGGCUACGAGAGUCAGCCACACAAGCUGUUUAUGCGGACAACAGUGUUUGUUGCUGAUUUGCUGGUUUAUAUUCCUGCAGUUAUUUUAUAUUGUUCUUCCUUGAAAGAAACAUCUGCUAAAAAGAAGGUUUCCAGUGCUCUCUGUAUCCUGCUUUAUCCAGGCCUCAUUCUUAUUGACCAUGGACACUUCCAAUACAACUCAGUGAGCCUCGGCUUUGCCUUGUGGGGUGUCCUUUGUUUGUCCCAUGACUGGGACCUCCUGGGCUCGGUGGCCUUUUGCUUGGCCUUAAACUACAAGCAAAUGGAGCUCUACCAUUCCCUGCCCUUUUUCUGCUAUUUACUGGGGAAGUGCUUCAAGAAGGGACUGAAAGGAAAGGGGUUGGUGCUGUUGACCAAACUGGCAGGGACAGUGGUGCUGUCCUUCGCUGCCUGCUGGCUCCCGUUCGGCACCGACGUGGAACAAAUCAUGCAAGUACUCAGAAGACUCUUUCCCAUUGACAGAGGCUUGUUUGAGGAUAAAGUAGCCAAUAUUUGGUGCAGUCUAAGUGUCCUUAUAAAGAUAAAGAAUGUAGUAUCACCUCAAACUCAGCUCAAACUCAGUUUUGCUGUGACAUUCCUGAGCCUGCUUCCUGCCUGUAUCAAACUCACUGUCCAGCCUUCCCUCAGAGGGUUUAAAUUUGCUUUGGUUAGUUGUGCCCUGUCAUUUUUCCUGUUCUCCUUUCAAGUCCAUGAAAAAUCCAUUCUUCUGGUGGCAGUCCCAGUUUGCUUAAUCAUAAAUGAAAUCCCCUUUAUGGCCACGUGGUUUUUACUCGUAUCAACUUUCAGCAUGUUGCCUCUCCUGCUGAGGGACGGGCUGCUCCUGCCCUACGCCGUGACCACACCGGCAUUCCUGGCCACCUGCCUGGCCUCCUUCUCCAUCCUAGACAAGACCUCAGCAGAGGACCUGCAGCUCAAAGCAUUCUCCCUUUCCCUGAAGGGAUAUGUGUCUUGGUUUAAGUCCUUUCCCAGGAUUGUCAGGACUCUGUUCCUCCUUUCCCUGUCCCUGAUGGGUGUCCUGUCUCUCCUGAGUGCUGCAGUGCCUCCUCCCCAGAGCCUCCCGGAUUUAUUCCCUGUAUCUGUGUCCAUUGUUUCCUGCUUACACUUCUUAUUAUUUCUGGUGUAUUUUAAUGUUGUGAUACUCUGGGACUCCAAGAAUAGCAAAAGCCAGAAGAAAAUCAGUUAAUCUACCUGUGGAGCUCCAGGACUGAACUGUGCAGGACAGAGUGUGUUUGGUGAGUGCUGUCAGCGCUGCAGGGGAACCUGUUUGGGAUGGACACAACUGCUGGAACCCAGGGAAAGUCAGGAAACAUGUUUGGCUUAUUCAAACACAAAACAGUCAAAGACUGUUUCAAAGGAGAAGUCUGUUGAAGAGCAUUGGAAAUACAAUUUGGUGUGUUUUCUUCAGAGGUGUCAUACUUUUGUUACCAUUUGUAAACCUAAAAUGCCUAAUAAAGGACCAAAUUUUGAAUUAAUGCUAAAA